CUCCAGAUUCCCACAAUGCCUCGUGUUUACCUCCGCUCUGACAGCAGAGACACUGCUCGCUGGCUCUUCUAGUCCCCAGCUGGACCCCUGCAUGCGCUGGAACACCCCCGUUCACCGGCGAGCCCCGCGCAGCUCAGCGGCCGAGCACCGGAGACUGUCGCCGGCUCGGGAGUGUUAAUGUUCUCCGCGGUGGGCUUGGACACUUCCUCGCUCUUCAUCUGAGGGUGCCGUCACCGGGAGAUUGAACACAUGAUGUUCAAGGACUACAGAUCUGCUCGAGCUGUAGGUCUGAAUCCGCUGCCCUUUGACCCUGCCUCGAACAACGAACCCCUUCAAUUCAACAGCUCCAAUGGUCCUCUGGUCUCUGACUGUCCUCUGGAAAACGGAACAGAAAACAGCAAAAAGAGGAAGAGACCCAACCUUCCUCCAGAGGGGCUCAGAAAUAUCGGCAUGGACACCAACUCUUUAGCGAUGCCCAUGUCGGACCCUAAUGCUUGGGCGACUGCCAUGAACAACCUCGGGAUGGCUCCCAUGAGCAUGACUGGACAACCCAUCAUGUCAGAUUUUGACCCCAGCCUCGGCAUGAUGACUGGAAUUGCUCCGAUGAACCCCAUGAUGCCUGGCCUUGGGCUUGUGCCCCCGCCGGUUUCGCAAGACAUGCCCAUCAUGAAGGAAAUCAUCCACUGCAAGAGCUGCACGCUUUUUCCACCCAAUCCUAAAAUCGUUCAGGACGCCACCUUAGAAGUCAACUGGCUCUGUAGGCAGCAAGGCAGCUCACUAGACCUGCCUCCCCCUGCCACCAGAGAGAGACCACCCGGCUGUAAGACAGUGUUUGUGGGCGGCCUGCCAGAGAACGCCACAGAGCAGCUGAUUGUGGAGGUGUUCGAACAGUGCGGGAGUAUCAUCGCCAUCCGCAAGAGCAAGAAGAACUUCUGUCACAUCCGCUUCGCUGAGGAGCACACGGUGGACAAGGCCCUCUUCCUGUCAGGUUAUAGGAUCCGGCUGGGAUCCAGCACAGAUAAGAAGGACACCGGCCGGCUGCAUGUAGACUUCGCUCAGGCUCGAGAUGACCUGUACGAGUGGGAGUGCAGACAGCGCAUGCUUGCGCGGGAAGAGAGACACCGGCGCAGGAUAGAAGAGGACCGCCUGCGUCCCCCCUCGCCGCCCCCCAUCGUCCAUUUCUCUGAGCACGAGUGCAGCCAGCUCGGAGAAAAGCUCAAAGACGACUCCAAGUUUGCCGAAGCCGUGCGUGUCCUUCUGACCUGGGUGGAACGAGGGGAGGUAAACCGCAGAAAUGCCAACAACAUCUAUUCCAUGAUCCAGUCCUCCAACAGCCACAUCCGCCGGCUGAUGAACGAGAAGGCCGCGCAUGAGAAGGAGAUGGAGGAGGCCAAGGAGAAGUUUAAGAACGCUCUCGCCGGGAUUUUAGUACAAUUUGAGCAGAUUGUGUCUGUAUUCCACGCUGCUUCCAAACAAAAGGCAUGGGACCAUUUCUCGAAAGCCCAACGCAAGAACCUGGACAUGUGGCGGAAGCAAGCAGAGGAGAUCAGAAACAUCCACAAUGAAGAGCUAAUGGGUAUUCGGAGGGAGGAGGAAAUGGAGAUGUCGGAUGAUGACAUGGAGGAUGCCCCGGAAAGUAAGGAUUCGGAUGAUUCAGGGCCGCUGGCUCAGGUGGAGGCUCUGAAAGAAGAGAACGACAGUCUGCGGUGUCAGCUGGACGCCUACAGGAAUGAGGUGGAGCUUCUGAAACAGGAGCAGGGUAAAGCGCAGCCCCAGCGCAGCGAGGAGGACACCACCCGCCAGCAGCAGCUCAGCUUCCUGCAGCAGGCUCUGCAGGGCAUGCAGAAGCAACUGCUCAAGCUUCGUGAGGAUCUGAAACAGAGAGAGACGGAGCUGGAGAAGAACUCGGAGGAAAAACAACAGCUGGAAAGCCAGAUCCAGAGUCUGAAAGAUCGGAUUCAAGCUUUCCCCACAUCACACGCUCUGCCCCUGGAGACGGCCGAGCGUGAGGACCGAGGAGGCGAUGAAAGCACCAAUCACUCCAGCGAGGCGACGUCGGCCGUGGUGUCCUGCAGCCAGGAGAAGGAGAACCUGCCGGAGAAAGGGCUUCCCAGUCCGGUGAAAUCAGAGCGAGAGGCUCUGCUCGUGGGAAUCAUCUCAACGUUUCUUCACGUCCAUCCUUUUGGAGCCAGCAUCGAAUAUAUCUGCUCCUAUUUACAGCGGCUGGACACCAAGAUCAGCACCACGGAGGUGGAGACUCUUCUGCGUCGGCUGCCCUGCACGUUCAAGCAGGAGUUGACGGGCGUCGGGGCGAGUCUGGAGAAACGCUGGAAGUUCUGUGGGUUUGAGGGCAUUAAGACGGUGUAGAGACACGGGACGGGGUUGCAACUAGAAAAACAAAAACGGCCGAUGGACUGGACGGGUUUCAACCAAUCACCUGCCAGCUCUCUGCGUCCAUCCGCCGCCCCACGAGUUUCUAAUCUCACAAACACUCUCGAGCUGGAGAUCCUCAAGACUUUGGUGUGUGUGUGUGUGUGUGUGUAGUAUGAUUUAGUAUGUGUGUGUGUGUGCGCCACGUGAACGGACCGUACGCUUGUUCCACACUCAUCGGGGAUAAAAUCAGGGUUUCGCUGAACCGAGGACUCGAACUGUCAGCAUACAUUUUCUUGUUCCACCUCUGAUUUGUAAAAUAGAUUUUAAAAAAUAUAUAUAUACAUAACACGAAUAUAUUUCUUUCCUCUUCUGUAAAGGCUGCAGAAAACAGUUGCAUAGAAUCUUUUGUUCACAUAUCCUGUAAAUGUUUGAAUAACUUGCUAUUUUUAAAUAAAAAACGAACAGGAAAAACA